CAAACAUCAACACUAUAACAAAAUGGCAGCCAAACGAGAUCUUGAGGCACUCGAUGAGGGCGAAGUAUUAGCCCCUCAACCAAAGCGGCCAAAGAAACAAGGUGGCAAAACGCGACAGCACCAAAACUCUGGCAUCGACCCAACCUGGGGCCAGAAAUAUGUCUUCGCAGGAAACGGCCAUACAACCACGAUCCCGGAGGGAGAAGAGGACGAUUUCGAAGAUGAUUCAGAAGCGAUGGCAUAUUUAAACUCUGUCAGAGAACAGAUGCUGAUAUGGUGAGUAUUACAGACAAGAAGCGAACGGGAUCCCCCAUCUCCUCGUUGCACCAAAAGUUCAAAUAGGACCCCAGCUACCCCCCGAGCUUCGAAACGACGACCAGGAACAAGACGAGCAACCUAUCGACAGGAGUGUAUACAAUAAUGGUGUUGGCGAUUCUCGGGGCUGGUAUGAAGACGGCGCAUAUAUGGCAAUGCCUGACAACGCGGCUGAAGAUGACGAUUACGAAGGUGGCGAAUGCCCGGAUGACUACGACGAAGAAUGCGACGAAGAAUCCGCCUUGAAUGAAGCUUACUUUGCAUCGGUUAUGGACCAAUACCUCCGCUUACGGUCGAUUCUUCACGCCGAUCUUCCCUCCAACGCCGUCUCCCGUGUCGUCAAAGCCCGACUAAAAACUGAUGCACCUGCGGAAAAUCAAUCGGCGGCGAUAGCUACGUGGUCACGACUCCUUCGCGAAACCGAUCCCCACCCGCUUCAAGUCGCCCUUAUGUCUAAAGACACUACACUACGCAUUCUGCGCAUUCUUCUUGGCGGUAAAUUCCUUCGUCAAGGGUACACGCUUCCAGAACGCACAAGCCGUUGGAUCUGGGCACUGCUUGCUAGAAUGCCGGACAAGGGCGAGCUCAACCACACCGAGAUUGGCUGGAUUCGCGACCUUGGUCGCAGAGCAGUCCUUUUGGGUCGGAGCCUAGCAGAGAUGGCGGCUCUAAGGGAGGAACUUGCAGAGGGUGGACUAGGGGCCCACGAAGCAGUUGAUGGAAGCAGUAGUGAUGAAGAAGUUCUGGCAGACCCAGAGGAUAUGGAGGUCGAAGGUGCUAUCAGCUCUGGGCAGGAUGAGGACGAGCCAACACCACCAGCUGAGUCCAGAGAAGAGGUCGAGAAGACACCCAAAGUCAUGGAACCCACAACAAAAUCUCCCCUAGAGCCUGAUGCCGAAGAAGGUGAGAUAGAAGACCAAGACGAAGAUGUGGCUAUGGAGAUCGCGACCGACUCAGAAGCCGAAGAAGGUGAAGUUACUGCCCAGGAGCCCCAGGAAAACCUCGAGGCAGCAAGGGAACGACUACUCGCCCGGAUUAGUAAUGGAAUGACAUCAGAAGACGAGGAGGAUCUUCAAAAGGAGAAUGCCAAACAGCAACUGCGAGCGAAUUUACGUGCGACUCUCAACAUGAUCUUGACGAUAGCUGGUGAGUUUUACGGACAACGAGAUCUGCUAGAAUUUCGAGAGCCAUUCGUUGGUAUGUAAGUUGGUGGACAAGGAUAUAAUUGUAGGUCUUGUAACGACCGGUUUGUCUUAUUUGCAUACAGCAUACAGCGAGUCCCGAUGCGCUUUUGCCUUCCAAUAACAUACAACCGCUCUAGAGCAUUAAUAAAUGAUAAUCCUAAA